UGUUUUAUUUUGUUUGUUGGUGUUUGAUUAGAAGAAAAAGAAUGAAAUGAAAUGAAAAGAAAAAAAGAAGGGAAAAAGUUGGUUUUCUUUUAUGUUGUAUACUGGUAAAAGACGUAUAAAUUACUAAAAUUUUUAAGUUUGGAGGAUCAGAUUCUGAGUACUGAAUCUCUGAAUUGGGGUCUCGAUCUGAGUCUCUUAAAAGAAAACAGAAAAAGGGUUUAUAUUAUAGUAGAUUUUGAUUCUGUCUAUGAAUCUUUGGUUUUAAAGAAUGGAGCAAUCUGUUUCUCAACAGUCAUCUAAUACUCCCAGAGGGUUUCGAGUUCAAGCUCCAUUGGUUGAUUCUGUAUCUUGCUAUUGUAAAGUGGAUUCUGGAUUAAAGACAGUUGCUGAAGCAAGGAAAUUUGUCCCAGGAUCAAAGCUUUGUAUCCAGCCUGAUAUCAAUCCCAAUGCACACAAGAGUAAAAACUCUCGAAGAGAGAGGACUCGAGUUCAGCCACCUCUCCUCCCUGGCCUUCCUGAUGAUCUUGCCAUUGCUUGUCUUAUUCGAGUUCCUCGUGCAGAACAUCGUAAACUCCGUCUUGUUUGUAAGAGAUGGUGUCGCCUUUUGGCUGGGAACUUUUUUUAUUCUCUCAGAAAAAGUCUUGGAAUGGCAGAAGAGUGGGUUUAUGUCUUCAAGCGAGACCGUGAUGGAAAGAUCUCAUGGAAUGCGUUUGACCCUAUCCAUCAGCUCUGGCAGCCACUUCCUCCAGUUCCAAGGGAGUAUUCUGAGGCCCUUGGUUUUGGUUGUGCUGUUCUAAGUGGUUGCCACCUGUACUUGUUUGGAGGAAAGGAUCCGUUAAGGGGGUCAAUGAGACGUGUUAUUUUCUACAGUGCCCGGACAAACAAGUGGCACAGGGCACCAGAUAUGCUUCGAAAACGUCAUUUCUUUGGUUCCUGUGUAAUAAAUAACUGCCUUUAUGUGGCUGGCGGGGAAUGUGAGGGAAUUCAAAGGACUUUACGAUCUGCUGAAGUUUAUGAUCCAAACAGGAACCGGUGGAGUUUUAUUCAAGAUAUGAGCACUGCUAUGGUACCUUUCAUUGGGGUUGUUUAUGAUGGAAAGUGGUUUCUAAAAGGGCUGGGAUCCCACCGUGAGGUUAUGAGUGAAGCAUAUGAUCCUGAAACUAAUUCCUGGACUUCAGUCAGUGAUGGGAUGGUUUCUGGUUGGCGCAACCCUAGUAUCUCUUUAAAUGGACGGCUCUAUGCCCUGGAUUGCCGUGAUGGAUGCAAGCUUAGGGUGUAUGAUGGAGCCACAGAUUCAUGGAACAAAUUUAUUGAUAGUAAGCUCCAUUUAGGGAGUUCUCGAGCCUUGGAGGCUGCUGCUCUUGUUCCUCUGAAUGGCAAGCUUUGUAUCAUUCGCAAUAACAUGAGCAUAAGUCUGGUUGAUGUUUCCAGUCCGGAUAAACAGGUUGAGAGCAAUCCUCAUCUUUGGGAAAACAUUGCUGGCAAAGGUCAUUUCAGGACUCUUUUUACAAAUAUAUGGUCAAGUAUAGCAGGCCGAAGUGGCUUGAGAAGUCAUAUUGUUCAUUGUCAGGUGCUUCAAGCAUGAGAGCCAGAAUCAAAUUUGGUUACUCGUGCAUAGAAAUUCAUGCAUUUGUUUAGAAUUGUCAUGCCAUGGUAUUCAGAUUUCAAAUGUUUAUUCAUUCACCAACAUUGUGGGGUUCAGCACCUCCUGAAUGGAAAAGCUGAAUAGACACUGUUACCUUUCCUGAUGUUUAUACUUGCUAUGGAGAUUGAUAUCAACAGUGACCCACCAGGGGAGGGGAUUAUCCUUAUUAAGAGUGUUCUGCUUGUGGUUGACUUGAAGAAGUGAAACGAUGAAGACGACCAAGGGUGCUUUUGAGUCAUUGAAGAAGAACAGCCUGGAUGUUAUCCCAUGGUGCAUUUGCAGGUGAGGUGGUUCACUGUUGAUCUCGGCAAUAGAAUUAUGAGGUUAUUUUUUACAUAUAUGAAGAGAGCAGAUACUUGUAAAUCUUGUCAUUUGGGCUUAGGAUUCUGUCUUUUUGUGAGAUCUUAUCUUUGUAGUAUGUAAUCUUUGAGAUGCUUUGUGAUGUACAUGGUUUAUCUGAGAUGAGUUAAUAUACAGUUGGAUCCUAUAUCUUGAUGGCUGUGAGUUAUAUGUUGAUUCCCAUGAUAAUUUGAAGAUGGUUGUGCUAAUUAGCAGC